GGUUAGUUUUUGUUAGAAAUACAAUGUCAAAUAGUGUAUAUAAUUUUAUACAGCUUUUCUGGUACCACAAGCAGGGGCGGACUGACAACUCAUGGGGUCCCCUGGGCAAUAGGGGAUCAUGGGGCCCCUGUGUCCUCGCCCACACUCAAAUCACACCCAAAAAAAGCCUAUGAAAGGUACCAGGGGCAUCUCAUGGGGCCCCCUACUGACCCCAGGCCCUCGGGCAGUGCCCGAGUUUCCAAAUG